AUGGAGACGCCGCCAUUCAACGGAAAGGCGACUCGCGGCCGGCCCGAGUCGAUAUUUUACACAGGCACCAGAGCGCAUGUGCCAUCGAGGUCAGUUUCACCGCUCGAAGUCGAUACGCCUUCGAUAGACCAUGAAAUCCAUACCCACAAUACGUUGGGCGACCUUUCGGAAAUCACCGCACAGAACCCAGUUGCUCUGAUGGAGCUGGAUAUGGACUGUAAUGUCAAGUUUUUGAGCAAAAUAUGGGAAACCGUAGUGGGUACCAAAUUGAGCAAAAUUGUGGGACGACCUUUAAGUAACAUCAUCGUUGGAGAGAUCGAGGACAAACAAGUCUUCAACAGAGCAACAGAUAUCAUGAUGACCGAUGAUGAAACCUACAGAGUCAGAUUUGUUGUUUCGACUAAUUUGCAAAAUGCCUCAUCCGGUCCCGAAACCACAGAGCAAGACACAAAUGUGUCAAAUUCAGACACCGACUCUGUUAGUUUGCAUUCAGAGAACUCCAGCAUCACCACAGACGGUGGCCUUAUAGAAUUGGUUGCGCAGGGAGUGCUCAUUCAUGAUCAAAAGCGCCAGCCGUCGCAUUCGAUGUGGAUUGUCAAGCCCUGGGUUCCUCUUUCUGGCCAGACUCUCGAAUUGCCGGAAGAGCUGAUAAUGAGGCUUGGGUUUGGAAUCAACUUGUUUGAGUCUUAUUUGUGCCAUCUGACCGAUCUCGGCGUUGUUGACGAAGAGAACCUCCCGCCUCCGGCACAAGAACUGUGUCGUAUCUGCGAACAACGUGUUCCGAACUGGUGGCUGGAAAGACACGCAGAAUUGUGUCUCGUUGAGCAUAGAGCAGAAGAUACAGUACAGCAGAAACAGGAGAAUCUAAUUGAGCAUAAGAACCUUCUUCAGAACGUUCUCGAUACCCUCACAAGACGUCAAGUGAACAAAACGCCGCCCCUUGUUCCUUUGAACUCUUCUAGCUCUGUGUCCAGCAGCAGCAGCAGCUCUUCAAAUAGCUCUUCUGGAAGCAUCGCAUCCAUUACCGAAUACAAAGGUUUUGCCAUCCCGCUCUCCGCUGCCAACGAGUCUGGCACCCUAGGCCGUCGCAAGAGUGUUGGCAGUUUGCUUCCGGCCAAAAGAUUCCCGUUCAAGAAUUUGGAGAUUCUCAUUCAAUACUGCGACGAAGCACUGAAAAUCAAUCCCGGGGAACUACACACAGACGACCAGAAACGAGAGGAGUACGCGAUUGCUUUCUCCCCAGAUAGCGAGCGCGCUUUGAAGAAUCUAAACACGAUCGAGGUUCCGUUGUCAAGUGAUCAAGCUAUCAAGUUGCUCACUGAUGAUACCGAAAGCCUUGCAAAGGAGAAGAUUGAGGCAAUUGAGAGAUACGCACAUAUCCUUCAGUAUGUUGAUAGGAUCACCAAGCAGACAGAUGAGAUGAUCCUGAACGUUGUGAAGGAGACGAUCAUGAAAAUUAAAGAAGACAUGAUUGACGAGCCGCUAUUGAUUCAGUCGCCUAAACCAACGAACGAAUUUGGCCCGAUGUCGAUACUGGACGGUGAACCAAUGUCUGGGUCGUUGAGUACGCGAACGUCGUCUCCAGCAUCGGACGCUCGCUCCACUCCGGUGAUCAGUGUCUCUGGAGAUGAGUCGGUGAAGACAAUCCAGCGGGCUGCAUCUCCUUCGUAUAACUCACCUCGUCGUCCUUUAUCACCCGGUAUGAUGUUUCCACUAAGUUCAAUACAAAGAAACUCCAAGUCGCAUGCUAAACAUCCAAGUGUCAACUCAGGUUCAGGGUCCAAUACCCCAAUUUCCUCACCCUUGUUCCUAUCAACAGAUAUACCCUCGUCGUCUUCUUCUGGUCUGGAACGACCUCAGUUGUCGCCGCUGCUUGUUCCCCAGAGUUCCAAACAGUCUCUUCCUUCAAUUAAAGAUUACGAGAUCAUCAAGCCGAUCAGCAAAGGUGCAUUUGGAUCGGUUUAUUUGUCCAAGAGAAAACUCACGGGUGAAUAUUUUGCUAUCAAAGUGCUGAAGAAGGCAGACAUGGUCGCCAAGAACCAAGUCACCAACGUGAAAGCGGAAAGAGCCAUUUUGAUGGCCCAGGCCAACUCUCCGUAUGUUGCACAGCUGGUUGUCACAUUCCAGAGCACAAAUUACCUCUAUUUGGUGAUGGAGUAUCUAAACGGUGGAGAUUUGGCAACCCUGUUGAAAAACAUGGGGUAUCUGCCAGAUAUCUGGGCGAGAAGGUACAUUGCCGAGGUGAUUGUAGGUGUUGACGAUCUCCAUUCCAGAGGAAUUGUGCAUCGUGAUCUCAAGCCUGACAAUUUGCUGAUUGAUCGCAACGGCCACAUCAAACUGACCGAUUUUGGACUGAGUCGAAUGGGACUUAUCAGAAGACAGAACAACACUCACUCGGACGUGAUUGAGGACCCUUUUGUGAAUCCGCAAUCAGCUUCGCUUGUGGCCAAGAAAAGCGUCAAUAUCACUCCCUUCUCGCUUAGUCCUAGCUCGCCGUUGGUGACUCCUUCUGCCAGCACAGCUCCUGUUUUCGAAGAGUUGGAAGCAGUUACUCCAGGAAGCGCCAACUCGUCGCCUCUACUGCGUCCUCUCACGCGAAGAUCAACAAUGCAACCAUCCUUUGUCAUUAACAAGGAAGACACACAAACAGAGAUCACCAAUUAUGCUUUGUUCGAUCCGCAGCACUCGGCAGAAACUCGCAAGUUCGUUGGAACACCUGAUUACCUUGCCCCUGAGACUGUCGCUGGUAUCGGUCAAGAUGAGGCCAGUGAUUGGUGGUCAAUUGGGUGUAUUCUGUUUGAGUUUCUAUUUGGAGUGCCUCCGUUUGCUGGAAACAGUCCUAAACAGGUGUUUGAAAACAUUCUUCACGGAGAAAUCCAAUGGCCGAAUCUUCCUCCAGAAGAGUUUGCCGAGUACUGUUCACCUACUGUGAAAGAUCUCAUCAAACGGCUUCUUGUGAAAGACCCUGCUUCUCGUCUCGGUAGCGGCGGGUCGCAAGAAAUCAUGCGGCACCCAUACUUCAAUGGCAUCAACUGGGACACGUUGUUCACGGAAGAAGCGUCGUUUGUGCCCGAUAACGAGGAUCCAGAGUCUACAGAGUACUUUGAUGCUCGAGGAGCCCAGCUAAGCAUGUUCCCGAGCGAGGAGUUUACUGAAGAGCCAACGGAAACUGCUCUGGAGGAGUGCACAUUGCCAAACUCGAGCUCGUCGUCCACCACACUGGACUCUCCAAAGACGAAUCUCUCUAAGCACGGUUCGAUGUCUGUGAAGCGUGAAAGAAGAGGCUCCCGACUGAACGACAGCGGCGGCUCGUCUGAGUUUGGCUCAUUCCAGUUCAGAAACCUUGCUGUUCUGGAGAAACAGAACAAGGAUGUGAUCAACCGGCUCAAAAGCGAGCACAUCGAGCAGCUGAACAGCAUGUCGUCGUCUGCUUCGCUUGAUUCUGGCUCUUCGGCACCAACAACACCUGGAUCCACCUCGGUUCCCUUAGCCACCAGGCCGCGAGGCCACUCCUCUGCGAGCGGACAGCUGCUUACGCCGUUCAAACGGCCGUCUUCUCCAGGUAUCAUGAAGGACCAGAAACUGUCGCCGUUGUUGCGCAAUGCAUCUCUGGCAAGCGACGCUUCGGACGAGUACCGUCACCUUUCGCCGGUUGCACGGCCGUUGCACAAGAAAGGGUACAGCACAGAAGCCGGAUCGCCUGCUUUGCGGCUGCUGUCCAAGUCGUUCUCCAGAACUAUGAGCGACUUCUCGCCGUCGUCCUCAGAUAACGAGGACCGGGUGGGACAGACACGGCUGCGCAAGAAGCGCUCGUCCAAACGCAUGGCACGCACAUCGUCGGCCACCAACGAAACAGCCGACGCUAUCCAGAACAUGAUGAUCAACUUCGACGUGCUGCUGUGCGAGCCGAUUCCCAUCCACCGGUACUCGAUCGAGAAAAACCUGGGCCGUCUGGGGUGCGACGUGGUUGCAUUUUCGUCCGGGUCGGAGCUGAUCAAACGGUCGACUGGAGAUGUCAAGUUCGACCUCAUUUUCACGUCGACCGAGCUGCACAAGCUGGACUGUGUCGAUCUCGUCAAGCUCAUCAAGCACACGUCCACUGCCAACUCGGAGACCGUAUUCGUUGCGCUCACGUCGUUCUACCACGACGCAGUCGAGUCCGGUGUGUUCGACUACGUUAUUGAGUACCCGGUCACCAUGGAGAAGCUGAAGACCGCGCUGGAUUGGUUCAGAAACUUGAAACGCCGCGAGGAAGAGGCCAUUGUGACUGACACCGAGUGA